UUGUUUUGGUUAGCUUGAUGCUAACACAUGCUGCUGCCUGCUGUAGCCGGCUGUAGCGGUGAUCAUGGCUCUCCCAUAAAGCGGGGGAGCGAAGCUGCGUUUUCAGACCUAACGCUGAGAGAAGAAGUGCCGGGAGCAUGGCUGGAGUGUUCGACCUCGAUUUGGAUCAACCGGAUGAGAAUGUCUCUGACGACGAGCUGGAGGACGCGGGCCAGCUCAGUGAAUACAUGGACCAGUGCAGUGGCUUUGACUUUAACAUGGAUGACUGUGAGAAGUUUGAAAUUUCAGAGAACAGCGUGAACCAGGGGACAGAGCAGAUCAGGCCUGAAUGCUUUGAGCUGCUGAAAGUUUUGGGGAAAGGAGGCUACGGAAAGGUGUUCCAGGUUCGGAAAGUAUCAGGUGCCAACUGUGGGAAGAUUUUUGCCAUGAAAGUUUUGAAGAAGGCCAUGAUUGUGCGCAACGCAAAGGACACAGCGCACACCAAAGCGGAGAGGAACAUUCUGGAGGAGGUGAAGCACCCUUUCAUCGUGGACCUCAUUUACGCCUUCCAGACCGGGGGAAAGUUGUACCUUAUCCUGGAGUAUCUGAGCGGUGGGGAGCUGUUUAUGCAGCUGGAAAGAGAGGGCAUCUUCAUGGAGGACACGGCGUGUUUCUACCUGGCUGAGAUCUCGAUGGCUCUGGGUCACCUGCACCAGAAAGGCAUCAUCUACAGGGAUCUGAAGCCUGAGAACAUCAUGCUCAACAACAACGGACACGUGAAGCUGACAGACUUUGGUCUGUGCAAAGAGUCCAUCCAUGACGGGACGGUCACCCACACCUUCUGUGGCACCAUCGAGUACAUGGCUCCAGAGAUCCUGAUGAGGAGUGGACAUAACCGAGCAGUGGACUGGUGGAGCUUAGGGGCUCUUAUGUAUGACAUGCUGACAGGAGCACCUCCAUUCACUGGUGAAAACAGAAAGAAGACCAUUGACAAAAUCUUGAAAUGCAAACUCAGCCUUCCUCCAUACCUCACACAAGAAGCCAGGGACCUCCUGAAAAAGCUGCUGAAACGUAAUGCCUCAUCAAGACUCGGAGCUGGAGCGGGAGAUGCUGCAGAGGUGCAGGUCCACCCGUUCUUCCGACACACAAACUGGGACGACCUCCUUGCCCGCAAAGUAGAGCCUCCAUUUAAACCUUUCCUGCAAUCAGCCGAAGACGCCAGCCAGUUUGACUCCAAGUUCACCAGCCAGACUCCAGUGGACAGUCCUGACGACUCCACGCUCAGCGAAAGUGCCAAUCAAGUCUUCCUGGGUUUCACAUAUGUAGCCCCAUCUGUGCUGGAAAAUGUCAAAGAGAAGUUCUCCUUCGAGCCAAAGGUCCGCUCACCGCGGAAGUUCCCUGGAAGCCCGAGAACACCUGUGAGUCCUGUGAAGUUUGUAGGAGGGGACUGCUGGCCCCGGGGCCACAGGCUCACUGGCUGCCCGUCCCUGCUGUCCCACGGAAACUCUGUGGAUCAGCCCAUGGAGGUGUCGGCGGUGGAGCAAAUGGACACGGGCGGCGGCAGCGAGGCCUCUGCACCUCUCCCGAUCCGGCAACCUUCAGGCAUCAAUGCAGGGCUGUACAAAAAGCAGGUCUACCCCCUGAACUCCAAAAGACCGGAACAUCUACGCAUGAACUUAUGACGCCCGGCUCCUCGGUGAACAUUAGGACUCUUCCACUUCUUCCUUUUCCUCUUUUUUUAUAGUUUUAUUUCAAAGAGACUUGUAGAAUCUUUUUAAAUUGACUGACUUACAAUGUCAACGCUGAUCACCAGCUCUUCCAGCAGCGCCUUCCCGUCUUACAGCCUCUGAAAUCCUCCUGACUCCGCCUCCACAGCGUGAUGCAGAUGAUCAGCUGUCUGAGUACAGAAGGGAUGCGGUCAUUCGGAGGAGAGGGGGCUCCUCAAUGAAAGUCCACUUGCUUGUUCGCUGGGUUAUGCCAGCCGAUGACUGUGCUGAGGUGGUUUUGGUGUAACUGGCUUUAUCAUAUGAUUGACUGGUGCUUUUAUACUUUGGAUGAUGUUACUUUUAGUGUUUACAACUAGAUGCCUCCAUCACAUUGAGAGAUAUGGUUACAGGGGGUGGUUAUUUUUUCUCUAUAGGUCAGCUUCUUUUUUCUUUUUUUUUGUUUGAUUCAUUAUCAUGUUGUUCAAAACAAAAACCAUGCAGGUCAUACUGUUAGAAAGCAGGACUCUCUCAAAGCACAGCAUUUCGGCCAGGAUGAGUGCUGUGCAAGCUUUGGUAAAUCCAUUAUGGUUCACAGUGAAGUUUCCCCCAGAGACCGCUGCGUACCCAUUGAUACUAAAAUACUGUCUAACCGAAAGAAAAAAUCUUUACAGGAAAAAAAACCAGCAGAUGCCUUAAACUAACCACACUGCAACUUUUUCAUAAAAUGAAAUCGAUUGCAGUCUGGUGAGGCAAAGACACUGAAACCAGCAUUCAGACUCUAUGCUGCUGAGUAGAUUUUUGUUCUUUGAUAUAAAGAUGAACUUCAUUAAAUCUGUCAGGUAAAGACAACUGAAAAUCUGCAGCGAGGUCUAUUCCUGGUUUCAGCCAGAGAGCUGCAGUAACAAGGAGUCUGAGAAUUGGUCCACAAAGACAAAAAAUUACAAAAAGAUGUUUUUGAGUUACACUUAGACACGGGGUCUGUUGGAGCUGUUUUCACACAUGCACUCCUGAAAAUUAUUAGAAUAUUUCAGGACAGGCUGCCCCUGAAAUCUGAGUUUCAUAUUCAAGUUUCCAUCGUAGCUUGAAGUACACCUUGUUGGAAGGGUCGGGGUCUCAGGAGGCAUUAACAACCCUCUCUGAAAUAAUGUCAGUGUUUACCAUGUGUUGAAAACACCAUCAUUACGCAGCACUAUUUCAGAAUAAUUCUGCAGUAUUCCUUUACGUUUGAGGAAAACAAUCCCAUUGCCUGUUUCUCUGGGUUAGGUAGACGACUUACAGAAAACAGCAGCUCUGAACAGAUAGACAUUUAAGUUGAACACAUUCCCCUCCAAUCUCAAUCAAUACCAGCUGACAGGGAUGCUCUUUGUUCCAGGAGCACUGUUCAGUUUCUUUGUGUUAAAUGUAAACACACUCUAAAUGCCCUUUUCUUUCAGUGUGUCACUUACAUCUUCUGUGUUUAGCUCUGAAGCUUGAUAUCACUCCUUAACUGACGGAUGUUUAAGCUUUGCAGACCCCCUCAGUUUCUCAUGAAGAUGCACAAAUUAACCUUUAGCAUCUGCACGAGACACACAAGGCUUUCUCUAGCUCCAAUGAAUACUCAUGGAGACGGGGGCUCGAGUCCCACAUGGAAAGAAAAGUCAACUUUGAACUCAAAUCAUGAUGUGCUUCCUCACAACAAUGGGGCGUUCCUGUGAGAGGCGUUAGAAAGACGAGUUUGUGUUUAUGAAACACUGUGACAAAGCGUCUGUAUUGGACCACCUGUAGUGAGAAGGUGUUUUGUUUUUUUUUAUCUUGUUUUUUUUUCAUGCAGCUUUAUCUCCACUUUCAAGGUUUAGAGACCAAGAAACAAAACAUGCUCAGAUAAAGAAUAUCAUGUCUUGUUUGUUUCGGGAGCUUUGCAUCCAUAAACUUUAACAUCGGUAUCAGGGGGUUAACCCGGGCUAAGUCAGGGGACCAUCUAUUAAAUCCUGGUUGACAUCAAUCCGAGCCUCUGGAGACCCAUUCAAACCCUAAAAUGGACCACACUAAUGGGUGCAGAUUCCCAUGAUGCUAAUCGAAUUAAAGCUAAUAGGCUUCAGUUUAAAUGACUCCAUUAUGUUCUGUUUUAUCCAAAUACUUAAAGGAGCAAUAUGUAUCUCUGACCCCUAGUGUUUAAAAUGGGUACUGCAGUCCAUAUUCAAAACAUUGUAGAGAGCUGUCUCCCCCCGCCCCCUCCUCUCUAGAGUUGAUGCUCACACAGGUUGCCAUGUGGUGAACACUGAAGCUUCAGUGUUUAUCCAGCUCUGCACCAGUCUGUAAACCUUUCUGUGUUCUAACCUCUCUCCAUUUUUCAAAAGCAUCUCCAAUAUUGAUCCUAGUUUGAGCACGUUUCUGCUCGUGGAGCUUAUUAGAAACAUGCAGAGGCUUUUUAGGUCGAGUACAAUCACUUCUAUCUGAACCACUUCUCUUGCCCGCUUCCAUCGCUGCAACACCUGUUGGUUUGACCUGAUAACUGGUCUCAUAUCUGGAGAACCGAGGGGCGUCCAAAACGGCCGUGUGGGGUUGUCUUAAAAAAAAAUGUCUGAUCAUAUAGUAAGGUCACUUUAUCAUUUCAUUCAGCAGAGAUCUUACAGAUUGCUCCUUUAAGUGUUUGAACAAGAUGACCAAAACCACUGUUUGAAUGAACCAAAUGUUGUUGCUGGUAGACUCUGGAUAAGAUUGUUCACCAUGUCACAUUUGAUUUUACUGAUUUUAUUGAUGCUCUAGGAGGCAUUUUUAUUUUUUUUUCCUGCAAGUUACUUCUUAACCUGACGAGCUGCUCAUUGUUUUUUCGUCUUCUACCAUUCCAGUUUAAUUGUAUUUAAGACCAGUCACUCCAACGUCUCCCUUUGUUCCAUUGUUACUGUAUUUAUUUCAAGUGCCAUUUUGUUUCCUCUGCAUUGUUCACACUAUGCAAUCUUUGUAUUUAUUAUGUAGUAUUAUUUAGAUAAGGCUGCAGGAUGUGUGAUCCUUUGAUUUGGAGACUUACAUUCUCAUUAUGAUUAGCUUGUACAGUAUGAUUUUAAUUCUGCAGAUAAUGUCCUACAGAAACCUCAGAUGCAUCUUCUUCUUUUUUUUUUUCCUCAUACCAAAACUGAUGACGGUUACCUUAAAGUCUUAUCGUAUUUAUUGUGUGGCAUAGUGUCAUGUUCACAGGCAAUUUGCAAAAAACAAUAUUUUAAAUCUUUGACUUCCUUUGCAGAAAACUUGAAGUUCAGUUUGUGUUUUUUGCAGUGCUUAAAGCAGGAGGGUAGUUUUUAUGAAAAUAAACCGAUGCAUUGUGCCUUUGCGAUGUGAUGACGUGAUCCCAUUAGGAUCAAUGCUGCGACUGUUUAGUCUGAGAGGGGUCAGGAAAAGCUGGGAUGCUUGACGAGUAUCCUCCGCACGAUGCUUACAUCUUUGAGAUGUGUUAAUCGCAGAUGGGCGAUUAUAACGUUUCUGUCGCUUUAUCAGCUGCCGUAGACCCGCCUCUUCAGAUGGAGAAUGUUAAUCUGUAUCAUGUACGUAACGAGGUCACAAUAAAGCAUUAUGGAACUUG